AUGGCUGGCGUCUUCGAGCGCAUAUUCGGGUGUUGCUUGUCGCGAAAACGAAGCCAAAUUCUCAAUGUACAGCCGGACGAGAGGACGCACCUCAUACCUGCGCUGAACGAGCCUGUUGGGUCUUCGCUGCCGAGCGUGUACGUUGUAGACCACGAGAGGAUGAAGGAGCGCCUGAGCACUAUCGUUCGCUCGAAAGAAGGGAAAAUGGUCAACGUCGCCGCCCGCCUGCCGUUCAACCUGCACAAUCGUAACCUGUCGGUAACGCUUCUGGACCCCUCGUAUUCAAAUACCGCCUCUCGCUCACCGUCUACGUCUACGUCGCAUUCCAACCUCGCCUCUGCCGCCAACCCCACCUCAAACUCCAACCCAACUUUUGCCUCAGCCUCGGUUUCGGCACAUCGUCCCUUCCCAUUGAAGUUCACACCUAUCUCGCCCUCGCACGUGCAUGGACAGGUCGGCGCACCGCUCUCGUCUGUGGUCUUCCCCUCUGAGUCGAGGGAAAGCAGUUUAGCUUCCCGAGAACGCGAGUUCCUCAGGGAAAGGACGGGAGAGAAGGAAAUAACGGGCCAGAGGGAAAGGGUCAGCUCGGAGGCAUCGAGCGGGCGACGGUCGUUGUUCGGGCUUACGCUGGUGCGUGGGCCAUUAGACCCGGCGAAGAGGGGAAGGAGGAAGCAGAAGGGUGUCGAAGGAUCUGUGGACGGGACUGAGGGCGGUGGUGCUGGACCUGGGAACGAGAACUGCCAUGGAGCGCGAGACCACACGCACCAAGAAACGACGACAGCUCUCACAGAAAGCACCCCCGCCCCUGGGUUCGCACUCGCUGUCGACCCCCCAGCACCAGAACCCGGGCUCUCUGGCGUUGACAUUGUCAAGAAACCCCACUUCGUCUCUGCCUUAAGGUCAACCUCGCGCGCGUCGUCCGUGUCGUUCAAGAUCCACGACACAGGUCCGUUGACUGCCAGCUGGGGUUCUUGA